AUGGCAGUCGAACUAAUAUCUGCAUUCAUUUCGGAGGUAUGGCUGAGAUGGAACAUCCGAGGCUUCAUCAUACUGAGUGUCUUGCUUCAGAUCUCUCUCGUUCUAUUUGCACGCAUUAGAAAGCAAACGGUGGACGACCGCAUCGUUUUCCUCUUGUGGUUAGUAUAUUUGAUGGCUAACUGGGUAGCUGUAUUCACGGUUGGGCUCAUCUCUCACAAUCAAGGCAAUCUGAGCGCUCUUUCAGUUGAACAUCGAGCAGAACAUGGAGCAAUUUACGCAUUUUGGGCCUCACUACUCUUAUCACAUUUUGGUGGUGCGGACACUAUCGUUGCCUUCUCUCUAGACGACAAUAAGCUUUGGCAACGGAAUGUGGUGAGUUCCAUCUUUCAAGUCGCUACUGUCCUUUAUGUCUUUGUGAAGGUAUUUCCCAAUGACAAGUCGCUGGUAAUCCCAACGAUGCUAGUGUUAUUUUCCUCGUUCAUAAAAAAUGUGGAGAAGUUACUGGCACUUUAUCUCUCGAGCCUCCCGAGGCUCAGGGAGUCGAUCCUCUCAGGGUAUAAGUAUAGGAAGGAUGCAUAUUCCAAGUUACUUGAAGGCAAUUUCCUGGAGUAUAGAUAUUUAGAUGAGGAAGCACACCUUCCCGAGAGCGUUGUGGUGAUGUGUGCUUACUACUUCUUUCACAUCUUUAAGGUCUUCUUCACAGAUAUCAUCUUCAAAAGUGAUGAACGCCAAAUGAGCCUCGAAUAUUUCCACAGAGUUUCUGCAAUGGAUGCAUUGAGGGUGUUAUCAGUUGAACUCCAUUUUAUGUAUGAGGUGCUCCAUACAAAAGCGCUGGCAAUACGAUCCAAGUGGAGCUAUAUUUUCCGCUUCGUAGCCUUCAUUGGUGUCACGGUGGCUUUCAUCUUGUUUCAUUGGUCGGGGAAGGGUCAGUUCCUCAAAUACGACGUGGAAGUUACUUAUGUCCUUCUCUUCGGAGAGAUUGCUCUUGAUGUGAUAGCUAUGUUCAUGCUUGUUUUCUCCGAUUGGACUGUUGCUGGAAUCCAGUAUUACAGCACAGGAUCAUCUAUCCUAGGUUCAUUUCUCUGCAAGUUGGUAUCUGUCUCAGAUAAUAUGAGGAAGCCCCGAUUUGCCACAUGUAAAACAGAGGCUAAUGACAAUGUUACUUUCACGGUCUUAGAUACACCAUUGAUAUUUCGAAGGUGGUCAGAAUCCAUCUCUGCGUGCAACCUUUUUUCCGAGUACUUUAAGGAGAGUCCGAGAAAGAUGUAUAAGCAUAAUCGGUGCCGCGGAAUCAUCGAUUUUCCUGAUAUUCGCAGUUUUUUAUUCCGUCUGGUUGAGAAGAGCAUCUCUUGUUUCCAUCAAGAAAAACCAAUAAUGGCGUCCACGAAGUAUGUGUCCAAGAAUCCUUUUGUUAAGGAGCUAUGGAUCUUUAUUUUCAACGAGGUGAGACGUAAAUCCAGGAAUGCGGAUGGCCCGACAGAGGUAAGGAUGAUAUUCGAGGCUAGAGGUGAUCUGUUUCUCCAGAGUGGACUGGGGGAGUUCCAUCGUGGCAAUCUUUUAGAGUAUGUCAGUGACGUUAAUUACGAAUUCAGUAUUUUAACGUGGCAUAUUGCUACUGAAAUGUGGUACAACAGAGAGAAACCAUUCACAUUCAGAAAUAACGAGAGGGAAUUCAGUAAGAUCCUCUCUGACUACAUGUUGUAUCUUUUUGUUAAUCAGUCUAACGUGGUGUCCGCCGUGGCGGAUAUUGCCCAAGUCACAUCAUCCGACACACUGUGCGAGCUAGAGAUCUGCAUCCGUGAUGCGAUCAAGGAUGUGGAGGGACUAAGCAAGAUGUUGUUUGAGGGUCCUUUCACGGCCUUCGAUCCCACAACCCCACUCAACAGGGGGAUCAAUUUGGCCCACGAGAUGGAAAGGCUUGAGGAAAUGAAGUGGGCGGUGAUGAGCGGAGUGUGGGUGGAGAUGCUGUGUUAUGCAGCAGUUCAUAUUAAGGGAGAGGCUCAUAUGCAGGUGCUGAGCACAGGUGGAGAGCUUCUGACCUUUGUUUGGUUGUUGAUGGCUCAUUUCGGUUGUUUCUACAAACCUGGUUGGGGCAUCCACUACAAUAGAGAUUCAAUGUAG